AUGGGUUGUGGUGCCUCGGUUAAAUCAAACGCUGAUAAGACCAAUCCUUCGAAUUCUAAUGGUCUAAAGAAGAAAACUGAUAAACCAAUUUCCGCAGUUCCCAAUCUUACGGUUUCACUACAAGGACACGGCUUCACACACAACGAACAUGAUGACACUGUUCUAAUUCAUGUGAUCGAAAUCAUCAAUGGAUCAUUUGCGGAAAAAGCAUCGAAACUACGUAUCGAAUGUGACAAUACCGUGGAAUUCAAAGUCAACGGAAAAGACGAAUACGAUAUCAUCCAAGUUUAUAAAGAUGGUAAUGAUUAUUAUCCAGUUAAAUAUGGUUGCCAGUUACUAAACAUCAAAAAUCGCACUGCGCCGAAACAACGGCGAAUUCCAUUUUCAUUCGAUUUGAAUCAACCGGAGAUCGAGUUAUAUUUCUGUGUCAUUCCUUCAUCUCAACGUGAAUCUAUCAUCAAAGGUCGGAAAUAUCCAAAGAUCUACUGUGAAAAAAAUUGCCUUAAACUUCAUCAAAACGAUAUUAAAUUUCAGUUAACUGACGAAAGACAAAGUCAAAAAGUGUACAUGCAUCAAACAGAUACUGUGCAAAUCGAAUGGACAUCUCAACGUCUUUACCGAAUCGAAGAGAAGAAAUAUUGUCCGGUAUCCGGCGGAUUUUAUACUGUUGAACAACCGAACGAGAAGAGAUUAAAUCGAUUUUCAACAAAAGGAAGUUUUGUGAAGACAUUCAAUGACUUGGGCAUGUCAUUUCUCAUUCGUUAUACCGAACAAAACGAAAUUCAUGAUGUCAUUGUAUGUAUUGUCAAUGAAAAAUACAAAGUGAAACAUGUGGAAAUAACGGAUGAAGAGAUUCAACCGAAUAUUUUGUGGAUUGAACAAACAGAUUGGGUAGUGUUUGAUUGGAACACCAAACGGAAACAUUCAAUUGUUCAAAUCGAACCAUUUUCAGUUGACUCGAACACGAAUCGAUCGAUUGAACUUAAAACACCUGAAGAACACUUUUUCUGGCCAAAUGAUUCAACACGUCGAGGUUAUAUGCUUCAUCAAUUUAACGAAACGGGUGUUUUCUGCUAUAAAACAACAAGUAAUCAAAUUGGUACGAUUAUUGUCGAAGCGCGUCAAACUUUGCAUCAAAUACCUGUCGUUCCCGACCAAGCAAUUUAUGAAAUGAACACGAAUGGUGUCGUACAAUUCAAUUGGUUAAUGGAUCCAUCAGGUGACAAAACGAUUUUAUUCACUCUCGAUCCACUGUCAUCGGUUGCACCGCACGCAAUUAACGGUGUCGAUGGAGUAUUCAAAUGUGCUGCACAUAAAUGUGUUCGAGCUGACGCAGUGAUUCAACGCUAUCUGUAUACAUGUGAAACAUUACUUCUCAAUAUUCCUCAACAUGGCCUUUAUAAUUUUGCUUAUUCGGAAGAUCCAAAUGUGCCUCUUUUGAGUAUCAUCGUUGAAAACGACAUAGAUAAACAUACGGUUGUCUAUAAUGAAUUCAAUGUUUUCGAACCUCCAACGUUGAUCAUCAACCGUAAUGAUCAAGUUUGGUUUGAGCCAUCAUCAUCAGCGAAAGUUGAAACAAUUUAUCAAACGGAUGAAUUCGGAGAGGAACUCGUAGUUGACCGACCAGUUUUCCGGCCUCAAGAAAAAAGCGUCAAUUUCUUUAUGAAAUCAUUUCCAGAGACGGGCAUUUUCUAUUUUUCCACGGCGAAUGAUGAGAAAGACGAAACCCAUCCAGUCGCGAUCAUUGUCUUACCGGACGUACGUUUUCAUUAUCGAACAGUCGGAAAGAACGCGUUCGAUAACAAACCAAUCAUAACUGAUAUCAAUGACUUUAUCAUUUGGAAAUUUGAAGAAACCAUCUCUCAUAAUGUGGGAUAUAUCCUAUCAAAUGAUAGAUUACAAGAUUUAAUCGCUUGCCACGAUCGAGCUGUUCCAGGACGAUAUCGACAAUGUCUUGGUAUUGAAUGUAUUCAAUCGGGAACAUUCUUUUUCGCUAAUCCAGAUUUCGAACGUGUUACUGGUUCGACUGAGGAUCGACUUGUAGCGACAAUUAUUGUUGAGCCACAUUUUAGCCAAAAUUGCCUUGUGGUUGGUAAUUAUGAUUUCGUACCUUCUGUUCUCCAUAUAGCGGAAAAUGAUACUGUUUCAUGGGUGUUAGCAAAUCCUACUCAAAAUGAUCGAAUCUAUGUCCGAUCGGUUGAUGAUAACGAAGAAAUUGAUGAUAACGCAUUGAUUAAUCGAAAUAUCACGAAAUUCAUUCACAAUGUUCAGCAUUUACAUACAUUCCACCAAACAGGAGAGUACAUCGUUCGAUCAAAUCGUUUUCAACAAACAGCUACUGUCUUUGUGCAUUCAGAAAAAACAAUCAAAGAUCAAAAAAAACGCGUUCCGCCGCCGCAGUUCAACGAAGAACUCGAUACGAUCAGUCCACUCGGUGCACGGGUUCAUCUCACUUGUCCUAGUCGACAUGCGAGUAUUUAUUAUACGCUGGAUGGAAAACCUCCGACUCAGCGUACUGCAAAUGUCCUUCGAUACGACGACGAUGAAGGAGUUAUUUUGAAUGAAAACGGUCUGCAUGUUUUACGAGCGUGUUCAGUUGAACCUCAAAGAAUUUCAAGUUUAAUUGUGACAAGCAGUCCAACGUUUAUACUGGAUGAGGCAGAGAGAGAUGAGCUGAACAAACGACUGGACACACAAUCAUCGAGUGAUCAAAAUAUUCCGGAAGAUAUACCAACUUCAUACAAAGUUAUUCUUUCUUCUGCAUUGAAACAUCCGAAUAAAUUAUAUGGAAUGAUUGAAAUCGAUCCAGCUGAUUACAUGAGACACAUUGAUCAUUUCGAAUUGUAUAUCAAUGAUGUUGCGCAAAAGGAAAAUAUUACAACGCGCAAUACUCAAUUUUCAGCCAGUGGCUUUGCAGCGGGAGAACAAUACGAAGUUUAUGUUGUUGCUCAUCCAAAAUCAAAUGCACCCGACGGACGAUCGAUCGCAUCGAACAAACGAACAUUUGAAGUGCAACGAGAAACUCAGGACGGUGCACCACUCAUCAGUUUGGCUACAUCGGAAAAUCAAAAUGGAUUAACUGUCAUGUGGGCACAUAUUCACGAUCCAGUCAGUGAAUAUAAUGUUUAUAUCAAUGAUACUAAAGCACAAACAAUAACUAAAAAAGAUUUCAACGAAUUAUAUACUAUUCGAUUUCAAGACAUUGAACAUGGUCGAAAAUAUUUGAUUUAUGUUGAAGCAAAGAUGGAAAACGGAAAAGAAAUUCGUAAAUCAAAUAUCAUUCCUAUUACUCCGCCGAUCGAAACGACUGUCAAGGAGCCAACCAAAGACCAAUUCUUUCCAUAUAUAAUCACCGAAUACGAACAAGCACCAGAUGAUGUUCCUCUUGAAAAGGGUUCGAAACGGUUAUCCACUCCAAAAUUAUCUGUUCAAAAAUCUCCCUCCUCUACUUCUUCACCUUCUACUCCUGAGGUCUCUUCGUCACAAGGUACCCAUUUAACUGAUAUGGUUAAUCCAAUAGUAAGCACGAGUGAAAUCCGACCUCAGAAAGAUGAUCAGAUGACUAACAAAACUGAAACGAACGGAAAUGAUCAACGAAAAGCAUCGACUAGUGAUGAACUACUAACCAAAGAAACGUCGAAAUCAGAACGAAAAAAGAGUGAACAACAAUCGAAAGAAGAUACGGAACCGGCACAAGUCAAUGAUCCAUACCUUCAAGCAAAAAUUCUCUUGAAAAGAUUAACAAAAACGAUCGAUGAUCGUAUCAAACAACGCAAUCCAACCUAUGCAGACGCAGAACCAGCACCAGUCGAUCAUCAAACUCUAUCACCUGAAACUUCAUCAGCAUCUGAUACCUACACAACGAAACUUCCACCAAAGCCUCCACAUGCUCCAAGUGCUGAACCCAUACAAAGACGACCAGACUCGUUUCGAUAUGCAAGCGAACCAAUUGCUGCUGCUGUGGGAGAUGCAGCUCCAACUGUAUCAUAUAAGCCAAAUCCUGGUGGUAUUACUCUUUUCUGGAAGAAGAAAUCCCCAUCAGCGGAUGAUUCUGUGGAAAACUAUCGAAUCGUGGUUGACAAGAAACCGUAUGGCGAAUUAGUAUCACCAUUGGCUGAUCCAAAAGUUCAAGUUAAUUUACCAUCAGGAAAACACGAAUGCUAUUUGGAAAUUAUUCCCAAAAAUAAAAAACAUGAAGGUUACACAUCAAAUAUUCUCAAUGUGGAGGUUCCGCCUGGAAGUGGUUUGAAACAUACUACAAAACAAAAAUCAGACCCAUCGGAUGAAUCCACUGAUAAAGCUGUCGUCGAGAAAGAACUUCCCAUACCGAAAUUGAACGUUUCUACCAUCAGCGGAACAGCAAUUCGUGCGAAUUGGUAUGGAGAUCGGCCACUUCCUGCUGGGGUGUUCACUGCAAUCAAUGAAGUUCACGUACGCGGUCCUGAAUUCUCGGAAAAUAUCAAAAGUGAUGAAAGUUCAACUGAUGAAGAUUAUGUCGAGCACAUCUGGAAUGUUUCGAAUUCUCCAUUGGAAAUCUCUGGCAUACUCGAUCGACAUGAAUAUUUGGUGUUUGUUCGAACUUAUUAUCAUCUUCAAGGAUCCAACGAUACAAAAUAUUUGAUAACAGAAUCGAACAGAGUGAAAACUAAGCGAAUUGAUCCGUUGAUCGAGUUAUUACCAAGACCAGUAUUGAAAGUUACCAAACUUGGUGUACAAACGGCGAAUCUAUCAUGGAAACUUGAUGAUACGAUCGAUCCAUCGUUAGUCAAAGGUUAUCGUAUUAUUCUCAAUUCGAAACCAACAGAAAUUCUCUCAGCUACUCAACAUGAAUAUGAAUUGCGUAAUCUUAAAGCAGGUUCAACAAAUGAAGUUCAAGUUUCGGUCACAUCUCAUCCAGACUUUGUUGAUGAAAAAAUCUCCGAACCAAUCCGUAUUGUAUGUCCGAAACAUCCUCAUCCUCCAAAGAUUCAGUCGGUUAUUGCCGAGAAACCAUUUUCAAUUCGUAUCCAAUGGGACGCCGAUAGUCAUGAAAACGAUGAUAUUACAGCGUAUCGAACAUACCUCAAUGGAAAACUUCAUGGCGAAGUGGAAAACGACGGCCGACAAAUAUUCACAUAUGAUUUUACGAAACUAGACGCUGAUGUCAAAUAUUCGAUUCAUGUUAAAUCUCUACUUGGACAGAAGAGAUUAGAAGGAAAUCGUUACCAAUGUGAUAUCGAAUCGAAUAGUUCCAAUGAAUUACGAUUAAAAUGUGCUGUACCACCCAAAGGAACAGUACCACGCGUCGAACGAAUGCAUUCCAAUGGAGUUGAUAUCAUUUGGGAAGCACCGGAAGAAUAUGGAGAUGUUAAACUCACUGGUUAUCAAAUAUUGAAUAAUGGCCGAUCGAUUGGCAAAGCAUUGCCAGUUGACCGACGACGGGCUUCAAUCAGUGAUCUGGAACCGGGUCAACGGUAUUCACUACAAGUUGUACCAAUAACAGAUCAACCUGGUGGCGUUCUAUUUCGAAAAGGAGAAGAAUACGAUGCUGAUCGUCAUGGUCAUUAUUUGCCAAGUGAAAAACUUGAAAUUGAUUUUACAGAUCUUGUUCAACUUCCUAAAAAAGUCUGGGAGGAACAGAUCGCAGGUCGCUCAGCACUAAUUUGUUGGUUACCAAUCGAACCAUCAACUCCUGCGGAGUGUCAACCAGAUGGCUACAAACUGAUUCUAUGGAAUAAUAGUGAUCUACCACGUGAUAAACCAAGAAUUGUUACACUAUCAAAAGAUCAAACUAGUGCACAGCUAAAAGACCUUCAAUCAGAUACAAGGUAUGAAUAUCAAUUAGAAGCAUGUAAAAAGCGACGCCACACAAAAACGAAAGAUUCAUACAAUGUUCUCACAACUUCAGACAUCGGAUCUUUCACUACAGGCUCACCGCCUGAUCCACCGAUGAAUGUGUAUAUAAUCGCAUGCAAAAAUGCCGAUGUUCGUAUUGGUUUCGAUCCGUUUGUUGAACAUAACGCGGAAAUCAAAGCUUUACGUAUCCUAUGUGAACCUGCUUCUCCAGAAACGAAUGCAAGAGAAAUCGUGCAGGAUUUUAUGCCAGAUUCCACCGAAUUCAUUAUUACAAACCUUGCUGAACGUACCAAUUACAACGCGACCAUCUAUGGUAUUACGCAGGAAUAUUUAGACGAUAAUCGCUGCCGAGAUGUGAAACAAUUGCCUAAAAAAUUGAAACCAUCCGAAUGGUUACCAUAUAAAACCUUUCAAUUCCAAACAAGUGGUUAUGAACCGGCAAGUGAUAUCAAAGUUACUCAAGCGAACAUCGAGGCGAUUAAACUCGAAUGGACUUUGGCGAAAGUUUAUGGUUCAACUGAAUGUGUUCAACAAGUUCUUCGUUGGCAGUUAGAACCGGGCGGUAAAGAACAGUCGUUAGACUUAGAUCGAAGCACAACCAAGGCAACGAUACCUGGACCGUUAAUAUCGGGUUUAUAUAAAAUCUGUCUAGAUACAGUUCUUAGUGUAAAAAUCAAUCUGGAAGAGGGUGAUGAUGAAUCAGAUCGAAAAGAAACUCGUUUAACAAGUAAUAUAUCAGCAUCCGUACGUUUCCAUGCGCCAGGAACGUGUGAACAACCAGAGAUUUACUUAACUGGCUAUACAAUGAACACAAUUGACUUAGCUUGGAAUAAACCGGGCAUGUUUGACAUUGUUGAUCAUCCGGAAAGAACGAAUGAACAAUUGAGAAUUCAUCGACGAUUGAUCGGAUAUCGAAUUGAUAUAAAUGAUCGAAAACACAACGAAUUAGAUGAAGACCAACGGCAAUGUGUUUUGACCGAUUGUCAUCCAAGUGAAGAAUACAAAAUUCGACUAGUUGCACAAACUAUUGUUCAACAAGCCAAUAUGGCAAAUACGAUCACUGAUGGAGAUAAGAAAGGAUUUGAACCAGAUGAAACCCCAUCGAAAAUAUUGAAUGUGCGAACAUUGAAAAGUGAAGAUUUUCUUCGAUCGCUUCGAGCUAAUUUUGAAUUUAUUCACGAUACUUCGAUGAGCCGAUCACUUGUAGAUCCAAACAAUCCUUCACCAUUAGGAAAGAUCAAUGUUGAAUGGAAGAUCGGUCGUUCAAAGAAUAUCUCACAUUUUAUCUUACAAUGGCGGUCGUCAAAAGAUUUACGUAUUCAAGAAAAAACCCUCGCUUGUAACGAAACGUCCGCUAUCAUCGACGCAUGCGAUGAAAAACAUUUCUACGUUAUCGAUCUGAUCAUUGUGACAGAUAACGGUAAUCGACAUCAAUAUGAACAAUUAACCGUACCUAUACCUGGUGUACCCGACGCACCGAAAUUGUGGCUUGUUAAAAUAAAUGAUACGAAUUUUACUGUCGAAUGGUCUGAACCGAAAUCGUAUGGAAUACCGAUCAUUGGUUAUGAAUUAUACAUCGAAGGAAAACGAAAUGGCGAUAUGAUCGAAGUGAAAUCACAUCAAAUAGACAUACCAUCACGUAUCAAUCGUACUUAUCAAGUCAAUGUUUGCGCAAUUACAAAUCAUCCACAACGUUCACAUUCAGUUAUGUCUCAAACAUUAUGUGUAAUAACGACACCAACAACCGAUCUUGUGCCGACAAUUUAUUACAAUAAUGACGAUGGCAAUGCAUUGACAUUGGAUCAAAAUAUCGCACGCAUUAUUCCAGUUCAAAUCGAAUCGAUCAAUGAGGAAAGACUUCAUGUAGACUGGACAUCAUUUUUACAUACACCGUCAAUACGUGCUUACUACGUACACUAUACUUGUUUGAACAAUGGAGAAGUGCAAGCAAUGAAAAUUUCAAAACGAAAUCGUCAUGCUGUACUGCGCGGCCUACGACCAGGUUUUACUUAUGGAAUUAUGGUCAUGGCUGUGGAUAAAAAUGGUGCAGUUUUAUAUACAUCAGAUAAGUCAACUAUUCAAAUGAAUGCACCACCAAAUGCACCAAUCGUAGCGAUACGGGAACGAACACGCACUCGCGUGAAACUCGAAUGGCGUGCUGCAACAAGUUACGGCGAGUUUACUGUUGUCGGUUAUAAAAUAUUUGUCAACAAUCGCUUAGCAGCUAUUCUCUCACACGAUCAGUUAACCUAUACAUUGACCAAUGGUAUACCAUGUGAUGUUUAUACUGUACAUGUUCAAGCAUUGAGCAGUGAAAAGAAUGUUGUUAGUCCAAUGUCACGUGGCGUACAAUUCACAUGGCCGGGUAUUCGAGCAGGUGCUCUCAGACGUGUUGACGAUGGUCAAACAGGAGCCGUUGUUGUUGCAUGGGAACAUCCACGAUUAGAAGACGAAAUGGAAAAAUUACUUUCAUUUGAAUUGUUUUCGAAAAAUCUCAUGACGAACAUUGUUCAAUUACAUGGUAAAUACGAUCCUAGUACACAUCAAGCGACCAUCAGUGGCUUACAAAAUGGCAAAUAUACUGUUUGGGUUGAAAUUCAAAGUGAACAUUACCGAGUUCAAUCUCGAGCUAUCACUGUUCUAUCAGAACAACUAGCGACAAAAAAACAUUUUCCAGCUGUGUUUCAUCCAAUAAAAACAAAACAUGACUCAACAUUGAAAGAAGAAACAAUUUCCGAAGCACAAGGUUACGACGGGAUCUGCAUUGUCAACAGUGAUGCACGAAACUCGAAUGUUAUGGAUAAAAUCCAUGAAAUAUGCCAAUCAGUGAAAAUUAUCGCCUUACGAAGUGCUGGCCACAGCGGUUCAUCAGUGGAAAUUGUCAAAAAACAUGGCCUUCAUGUAUGUCAAGUUCCAACUUAUUCGCCACACGCUGUAGCUGAACAUUCAGUGGCACUUUUACUGUCAUUAAAUCGGAAUAUGCACCGAGCGUAUUUUCGAACGAAAUUGCACAAUUUCAGUUUGGAUGGUUUGGUUGGUGUUGACGUAUUUGGUAAAACGGUGGGAAUUAUUGGUACUGGAGGCGUUGGUAUGUGCGCAGUAAAGAUUUUUCGAGGUUUUGGCUGUAAAGUAUUGGCUUUUGAUAUUAAACCCGAUGAAAAUUUUGCGAAACAAAAUGGAUUUGAGUAUGUUUCGAUGGAUGAUUUGCUUCGACAAAGUGAUAUAGUUUCAUUGUAUGCUCCACUUAACGAAUCAACCUUUCAUUUAAUUAAUAAGGAAGCAUUGGACAAGAUUAAACCAGGGGCUAUGUUGAUCAAUACAAGUCGUGGACCAUUAGUCGAUUCGAAAGCUCUUGUCGAAUGUUUGAAAGCAGGCAAAUUACGUGGUGCUGCUUUGGAUGUUUAUGAAAAUGAGGAAAAAUAUUUCUUCAAUGAUUUUAGUCAACAAGUUAUGGACGACGAUACUUUGGCGUGUUUAAUUUCAAUGCCGAACACGAUUGUUACAUCUCAUCAAGCAUUUCUUACGGAAGAAGCCUUGAAAACCAUUGCUGAAUCAAUUGUCAAGAGUUUACUCGAUUUUUUCAAAUGA